AUGUCAUUACAAGCAAAUAUUAAUUUGAUUAGUAUUGGCAUGGAUGGUGCUUUACCUGAGUAUAAUGCACAAAUUGAAUUGGUCAAGGGUUUUGGAACUAAUGAAUUUCUUUCAUAUAAUAAUGAGCAAUAUAAUAUUAAUUUCAAAGCACCAAUUUUUAAUAACAAACCUAUAAUUCGUGUUCAAGAUACUAAACACGCAAAAAAAAAUGCAGAAAUAAUUAUUGGCAUGGAUGGUGCUUUACCUGAGUAUAAUGCACAAAUUGAAUUGGUCAAGGGUUUUGGAACUAAUGAAUUUCUUUCAUAUAAUAAUGAGCAAUAUAAUAUUAAUUUCAAAGCACCAAUUUUUAAUAACAAACCUAUAAUUCGUGUUCAAGAUACUAAACACGCAAAAAAAAAUGCAGAAAUAAUGUAUGAUCAAAUACUAACAUUAGCACAUGAAGAAAACUCUGUGUUAUAUUUAAGAGAUGUAAUCAAUACAGAUAAACAGGAUGAUGGUGAACUUUUUGAUGGCUAUUUAAAUAGGACAAUAUGUCACAAAACAAGAAUUAUCAUGGUCAUGAGAGCUUAUUUUUUUUUGAAUGUGUGGAAAGAAUAUCUAAAUAAUUGUGCCAAUAUUUAUUCACAAAAAUGGUACUCAUUUAAUAAAUCAUGUAUUUCUAUACAUAGUUGGAAAAUUUUUGGCAGUUUAGCAGAAUCUAUGGUUUUGUUGGUGUUAGCAUAUCGUAAUUAUUAUUCAAAUUAUCCUUUUUUACUUUGGGAGCAUGGUACUGAAUCAAUAGAACACUUGUUUGCUGAAGGCUAUAUUUUUGAUAUUGAUGGGUCAACUUUAUCAAAUAAUGAUAUUGAAAUACUAUGCCAGUGGCCAACAGAUAAUGAAAUAGAUGAUGCUGUUAGGAUAGCUUAUGAAAAUGCUGUAUCAUUUACAAAAUUAUUAAAAAUGAAUUGUAUAUCUUCUUCCUCCACUUCAGACCUAAUCAUUAAUGAUAGUGAAGAUGAAAUAGAAUCAAAUAUUAAUGAUGAAUAUUGUGUCACAAUUAAAGAGGCUGCUGUGGAAACAAUGAGAUUAUUUCAUUCAAUGGAAAUUCAAUACAUUUUGAACAAUGAACCUUCAACUGAUACAUAUUUUGUACUUGAAAAAGAACCUGAAGAAGAUAUUUUUACUAAUGGCUUUUCAAUUGUAGCCAAAAUUUUGAAUAUAAGAAAAUCUCAUGAGGCCUAUUCACAUUCAAACAUUUGCACAAAUAAUGAUUCUGGACAAACUGUUAGAAGAAGAUUGACUAGGUGGCAAGGCAGAAAAAAUAUUGAAAAUAUGUUUUAG